AUGGCAAUUGCAUUUGAUAAAAUUGAACAAGUUAAUCUUAAAUUAUCACAAUUGGAGAGAGUGAUAUUACAAACAAAGAGACAUCAUGAUCAUAUUAGAGAUGUUCAAGCUAGAAUUUGGUCUCCAACAACUGUUGGUUUUAUGUUAUUAUUUGUUUCGGUGGCAAUAUCAAUGGCAUUGAUCCAAAAUAAAGUAGAAGAGAAUGAACGUUUAAUUCAAGAGUUGAAGGAACAAUCGGUACUCAAUCUUAGAGAACAAAUAACCUUUUACGCAUUUUCCACUCAAUUGGAGGAUUAUAUAAACAGUGCCAAGGGAACGAUCAUCACCAGAGAGUCUAUCCUUGAAUUAGAGAAAAUAGCUAAAUCAUUGGACACUCUCAAACAACAAGGUGUCAUCAAAGAUCCUAGACCUAUGAAACGUAAUGCCCAAAGACCCGAUGUAGAAUACGGAUACCCAUGGGAUGAUGAUACAAUAUUUUGUGGAUCUGACCAUAUUAUCGACUCUGACGAAGAUGAUAUUGUAUCGAGUAUAAAUAAAAAGAGAUCGAGUAGUAUCAACAACACUUCAAAUGCUACAGAUGAUGAUGACGACGAUAAUAUAUUUGGUGAUGAAGAUGAAGCUGAUAACAAUGAAAAGAAGAAAAGAAAAAAGUCGUCUAGUAGCAAUGAUAAUAAUAACAAGUCAUCAUCAUCAUCAAAGAUAACACGUGAUGAUAGUGAAGAAGAAGAAGAAGCAAGUGGAGAUGAUCAAAAUAAUGAAGAAGAAGAACAAAGUGGAGGAAGUGAUAGAGAAAAGAAAAGAAAAGAUAAGAAGAAAAAGGAUAAAAAAGACAAGAAAAAGAAAAAGAAGGAAAAGAAAGAGAGAAGAGAGAAAAAGCAUAAAGGUAGUGACUCUGAACAACAACAACCAUCAUCAUCAUCAGAUAGACAUGGUGGUGAUGAAAUGGUAGAUGAUGAUACUGGAUAUGGUGGAGAAUAUCAAGAAGUUGAAGAAUUGAAAGAAGUUAUUCGACCACCUGUUCAUCUUACUCAUAUCGAUUCUACUCCAUUACCAAAAGCAAAGAUUAUGAAAUUAAAAGUAUUAAAUAUUCUUGGGAUUCAACCAAUUCCAUUCCAUCCAAAAUCAUAUGAAAAGGAUGAAGAGAUUGCAGAACGUGGUAGACCAUCCAAUGUAGAAUCUGUUAUUAGAUGGAGAUGGGCAUUGGAUCAACAUGGCAGACCCACCAAAGAGAGUAAUACACGUCUUAUCCAGUGGUCAGACGGCUCGACACAUCUUUUCAUUGGCAAUGAAGCACUCGAGGUGAAAGAGCAUGAGCUUGCCGGCGACCAAUUCUACGUGUACAACAAACAAGACAACUUUAUCGAAUGUGAAGGCAAGGUUGAUUCAAAGAUUGCCAUUCGUCCCACCAAAGUUAGAAGUAAGGCUCAUAUGCGUCUCCGUGAAUCUAUCGCUAGUCGUACCCAAAAAUCAGCAAAGAUUAAAUCAAUCGUUACAACUGUUGAUCCUGAAAAAGAAAAAGUUCAAAGAGAAAGAGCAGAAGCAGAAAAAAUUAGAAUUGCAAGAGGACAACGCGAUACCAAGGUUAACAAACUUGCACAAAAACUUAAUUUGGAUACGAAAUAUUUAGAGGGUGAGGAUGGUGAUGAGGAAGAAGAGAACAGUGGAUUUGGAUACAAUGGUGAUGGAUUUAUUGAUGACCGAGAAUAUGACGACGAUGAAGGUGAUUCUUAUAGUGGUGAUGAUGAUGAUGAUGAUGAUGACGAUGGAUCUGGAUCUGAACAAGAAGAUGAAUAUGAUGAAAGAAGAAAUGAAAACAAACUCAACAAUAUCAAAGAAUCAACUAAAACAAUCAACAACAACAAAAACAGAAACAAUCAAUCCAAAUCUUCUACCACUACACUUGAAGAAAUCCUAAGUGAAUCUGAAUCUGAAGAAGAACGAGUCAAUCACAAGAGAAGAUAA